GCCGCCGCCGGGUCUCCGGCCUCGAGGGCUCGGGCUCGCAGCGGCGGCGGUGGCCGCGCCGAGAGGCGGCGGGGGCGGGGGGAGAGGAGGGCCCGGGCCCGCGCUCCCCCAGCCCCAGAGCGGCGGGCCGCGGGCGGAUCGGGCCCCCCGGGGGGUCGGACACCCCUGCUGCAGCCGCCCGGGGCGGGGGGGAUCAUGACCCCGGCGGGGGUCGCCGCCACCGCCGCCGCCGCCGCGGCCGAGACCGCGCAGCCCGCGGUAAGAAGAAAACAUAACUUAUAGACCAUCUUCUCGCAGAAGAUGAUGGAUUUGGAUUAUAAACGGGAGGCAUUGGAAGCCAGGAAUCAAAAGUGAAGAAGUUUGGCAAGCCCUUUGGUGAGAAAGGUUUCUAUCACUGUAACCAUGCCAGAAAUGACAGAGAAUGAGACUCCUACAAAAAAGCAGCACAGAAAGAAAAACCGGGAGACACACAAUGCAGUGGAGAGACACAGAAAGAAGAAAAUCAAUGCUGGGAUAAACAGAAUAGGAGAACUCAUCCCAUGUUCCCCUGCACUGAAACAGAGCAAGAAUAUGAUUCUGGACCAAGCUUUUAAGUAUAUUACAGAAUUGAAAAGGCAAAAUGAUGAGCUCCUACUUAAUGGAGGAAACAAUGAACAAGCUGAAGAAAUCAAAAAGCUUCGUAAACAACUAGAAGAAAUUCAAAAAGAAAAUGGCCGAUAUAUCGAAUUACUGAAAGCAAAUGACAUAUGCCUAUAUGAUGAUCCCACAAUCCACUGGAAAGGAAAUCUCAAAAACUCAAAGGUCUCUGUUGUUAUUCCCAGUGACCAAGUUCAGAAAAAUAUCAUCGUUUAUUCCAAUGGGAGUCAGCCUGGUGGAAACAGCCAGGGAACAGCUGUUCAGGGGAUAACCUUUAAUGUCGGUCAUAAUUUGCAAAAGCAGACUGCCAAUGUGGUGCCGGUCCAGAGGACGUGCAAUCUUGUGACUCCUGUGUCUAUUUCUGGAGUUUACCCUUCCGAAAACAAACCAUGGCAUCAGACCCCAGUUUCUGCAUUGGCCACCAACCAGCCAGUUCCUCUUUGUCUUCCUGCCACCAUUCCUGCUCAAAAUAUUCUCGAGCUUUCCACCUCUGAAAGCGAAUCGAGCGUGCUUGGUGUCACCAGUGGCGCAUUGAUCUCUGUUCCUGCUGGGCCUGAAGCUCACCAACAUCACUCCUUGCAAGCAGGCUUAAGUGAUGAAAAUUCUUCUGAAAAUAAGAGCGGACAAGAGAGCCCCAGCUUAUUGAAGAAGACGGUCCCCUGUGCCACAAGCAUCCCUUCCAGCUCCUCUGCAGCUGCCCCAAAAGUGUCCCAUGGAAACAAGUCUUCCAUGAGUACCCAGAAUCUCAGAAGUGACUUUCAGACCACCUUUGUUGUUUCUGUCACCACCGCAGUCUGCUCCCAGCCUUCCAGAGCUGUGGGCGAGUCUUUUUCAGCAAGCAUUAGCAAGGAUAGAGACUCCACGAGUGAAACUGCAGUGGUGGCACCCUCUGCCCUUGGAGGAGAGAAGACCACCUCAGCUGCAGGCACUUUUUCUGCAACCACUCAGGACAGUGCUUGGACUCUCUCUUGCUCUUUGCCCUCGUCAGCAGUUAGCGCUUCAGACUUAAAAAACAUGAAUAGCCUUACCCGCAUUUCCUCAGCGGGCAACACACAGACAACUUGGACUACUUUGCAACUGGCGGGAAACACGAUUCAGCCCGUAAGCCAGGCUCCUCCGACUGUCGUGACACCAGUGUUAAGUGAGGCUGGUCCUUGCUCCACCACAAGCUACCACAGUAGACCUGUGACUGCUGGCAUGACCUCGAGUAAUUCCUUUCCAGCAGAGGGGCAGACAGUCGAGCAGGUCGUUGUGACCUUGCCUUCGGCGCCGUCUCUGCCACUGCAGCAGACACUCAUUGCCCAGCCACAGGUGAAGUCUCAGCCACCGAAAAAUAUCCUUCCACUGAAUUCAGCAAUGCAAGUGAUUCAGAUGGCCCAGCCAAUUGGGUCGGCUGUUAAUGCAACGCCAGCGAAUCAGAACGUUAUCAUUCUGCAACCACCCAGCACCACCCCCUGCCCAACAGUGAUGAGGGCAGAGGUGCCCAACCAAACAGUGGGUCAGCAGAUAGUGAUAAUACAGGCAGCUAAUCAGAACCCUUUGCCACUCUUGUCUACACCACCAGCUGGUUCUGUUCGACUCCCCGUCAAUGGAGCCAGUGCUGUCAUAGGAUCUAACAGUUCCGUGCAAAAUGUUUCGGCCCCACAGACUUUUGGAGGAAAGCAUCUUGUUCACAUAUUACCAAGACCUUCAUCCUUAGCAACAUCUAGUUCAACGCAAACUUUCUCUGUUACCAUGUCAAACCAACAGCAGCCUCAAACCAUUUCUUUAAAUGGACAGCUCUUUGCUUUGCAGCCUGUGAUAUCUUCAGCAGGAACUACAAAUCAAACGCCUAUGCAGAUUAUUCAGCCCACCACCAGCGAAGAUCCAAAUACCAAUGUUGCCCUGAAUACAUUUGGGGCUUUAGCCAGCCUCAAUCAAAGCAUAUCACAGAUGGCUGGACAGAGCUGUGUACAGCUGUCUAUUAGCCAGCCUGCCAAUCCCCAAACUGUUGCAAAUAGUCAAGCCACCCCAAUUAACUGUGUUACAUUAACUACUGUAGCGUCAUCUAUGACAACUGAUAAUUCAGCCACACUACCCAGUAACUGUAACCUGGUCACUCCCGCCUCUGUGAACACUGGAAGUUCUUUGUCUAACAUGAAGUCGAAAAGGUUGACUAAGAAGCCAGGUGCCAAGAAACAGCUAGCCACUAGCAAGCCAGUGUAUCCCCUGAACCCAGUCAGAGACGUGGGGAAGUUAGACUGUCCCAGCACUGACAGUUCAGCAGAGCCACCAUGUAACGACGGGCUGCUGGAGAACCUUCCCGUUGUGCUGCCACCUGUCACUAUGUCCCAGGCCAAUAGUGUCAGUGUUUCUGAGGCGCAUUCUUUGGAUGUCCUGCAUUCUGAGUCAGUGAUACCUGAGGCUGGAUCUGGAUCAAAGUCAGCAGAAGGAUCUAGGUCACCGUCCCAGGAGCCUGUGACAAAUGAACCUUUUGUGUCAGCCCCAGCUCAGUCCAAAGACUCAGACCCCAUUCUCCAAGAGACCUCUCAGGAUAAGCCAGCAGCUGGUUCGACCCUGUCAGAUACUGCCAAAUCCUGCACUUCAGCCAAUGCAUUGGUUCCUUCUCCAAAUGAUCCCCACACUUUGGUUUCUCAGGUUCCUGGCUUGUCAUCUACCACAAGCACUACAAUUUCUGACUGUGUUUCUGAGGUAGAAAUCAUUGCCGAACCCUGUAGGACUGAGCCAGAUUCACCAGAUACAAUGCACGCCACAGGUCUGGCGAAGGGGCAGGGCUUAACGGCGUUGCUUUCUGGUCUUGCUAAAGAAAAAGACCCUCAGAAAUCAUCCCUUCCAGCCCCGGAGGACCAUCCUGAAUUUUCUUCCAAAAAUUCUAAGCUAGGGGAUUCCAGUGUGGAUUUACAUCCCAAGCAGGAGCUACUACUGAUGAGCAGUGACGACAGAGACCCGGGACAGCCUCACCCCUGCCUCCCUGACCAGGAGAUCAUUAAUGGUUCUUUGCUCGCCAAUAGGCAGGCCGACUCUCCCAUGUCAACCAGCUCCGGCAGUAGCCGGAGCUUCUCCGUUGCGUCCAUGCUUCCUGAAACUGCAAGAGAGGAUGUGACCAGCAGUGCAUCCACUAACACGUGUGACAGCUGUACCUUUGCCGAACAAACAGAUAUUGUCGCGCUUGCGGCGCGAGCUAUUUUUGACCAAGAGAACUUGGAGAAGGGGAGGGCUGGCAUCCAAGCUGAUACACGGGUAGCCACUGCAAAGCCUUCUGAAGCUUCCUCUCUAGAGGAAGAGCAGUCUUUCAAAGCACAGGUCCCGAAAGAAAACGGCUCCUCUGAGGCGGAAGCAGCACCAAAUGAAUUUAACUCCCAGGACUCAAUGGAAACAACGGUGGAGAGGCCUCUGGAAAAGCCGAGUUGUUCAGUAGGAAUCAAGACCUCAACGGCCUCGUUACAGGUGUCGACCUCUCAGCCACCGAGCAUCACCAGUUUAAGCGUGAAUAAUCUCAUCCAUCAGAGCAGCAUCAGCCAUCCUCUUGUCAGCUGUGCUGGUUUGUCCCAAACGUCAGAGCAGGCAACCAUUCCUGCAACGGUGAAUCUGACUGUUUCUUCUAACUCCUACGGCAGCCAGCCCCCUGGGCCAUCUCUGAUGCCAGAAUAUUCGCAAGACCAGCUCACGACCAUGGCUAGCACCAUCGCAAAUUCACAGAUUCAGGAGCCGUUGCUAAAGCCCAGCCAGGAAAGCCGCAAAGACUCUGCGAAGCGUGCUGUCCAAGACGACCUUCUACUGUCUUCGGCAAAGCGACAGAAACAUUGCCAGCCAGUCCCGCUCAGGCUGGAAAGUAUGACCCUGAUGAACCAACCCUCCGACAGUAUCUCUGAUCAAACACAGAUGAUGGUUACCCAGAUCCCGCCGAACUCUUCAAACACAGCUGGACCCGUUAGCAACCCCACCCACGGAGAUGGCCUUACGCGAUUAUUUCCACCUGCUAACAACUUUGUGGCCCCCGCAUUGAGGCCGACUGAAGUUCAGUGCAGUUCCCAGCCUUCAGUUGCUGAGCAGCAGCAAAAUCAGGCCAGUCAACAUCUCCAGGCUCUGCAACAGCAUGUUCCAGCACAAGGGGUGUCUCACCUUCAUAGUAACCACCUCUACUUAAAGCAGCAGCAGCAGCAGCAGCAGCAGCAAGCAGGGCAGUUACGAGAGAGGCAUCACUUAUAUCAGCUGCAGCAUCACGUGUCUCACACAGAGAGCUCUGUCCACUCGCAGCCCCACAGUGUCCACCAACAGAGAACACUGCAACAGGAAGUCCAGAUGCAGAAGAAAAGGAAUCUUGUUCCGGGUGCACCGGCCUCGCAACUUCCCUUACAACCCAAGCACCAUGGGACCGAGCAGCCUAGACCCAAGAGUGGCCAGCCCCAUCCGCACCACCAGCAGAUGCAGCAGCAGCUGCAGCGCCACUUUGGAAGCUCCCAGCCAGAGAAGAGCUGUGAGAACCCUCCAACUAGCCGGAGCCACCACACCCACUCCCAGAAUCAGCUCAACCAAGAUAUCAUGCACCAGCAGCAGGAUGUCGGAAGCAGGCAGCAAGGAUCAGGGGUCGCUUCUGAACACGUCUCCGGACAUAAUCCAAUGCAGAGGCUUUUGACAUCAAGAGGCAUAGAGCAGCAAAUGGUAUCCCAGCCAAGUAUUGUGACUCGAGCCUCAGACAUGUCCUGUCCUCCCCACCGGCCAGAGAGAAAUCGAGUUUCAAGCUACUCUGCCGAGGCACUUAUCGGAAAGACCUCUUCUAAUUCAGAGCAGAGAAUGGGCAUAUCAAUUCAGGGAUCCAGAGUUUCAGAUCAACUUGAAAUGAGAAGCUACCUUGAGGUUCCUCGAAAUAAGAGUUUAAGCAUUCAUAAUAUGCAGGGGCGCGUGGACCACUCGGUUCCCUCGGAUAUCCGCCUUUCCGAUUGUCAGACAUUUAAGCCGGGUGGAGUCAGUCAACAGCCCCCGAGUAACUUUGAAGUUCAGUCUUCAAGAAACAACGAAAUAGGCAACCCUGUGUCAUCAUUGAGGAGCAUGCAGUCCCAGGCUUUUCGAAUUAGUCAGAACCCUGGCCCGCCACCCAUUGACCGUCAGAAGAGAUUACCUUAUCCCCCUGUUCAGAGCAUACCAACCGGAAAUGCCCUCCCGACGAGGGACAGUGAAAAUACAUGCCACCAAAGUUUCAUGCAGAGUUUACUCGCUCCACACCUGGGUGAUCAAGUCAUUGGGAGCCAGAGGUCACUCUCAGAGCAUCAAAGGAAUACCCAGUGUGGUCCAUCCUCUGCCAUUGAAUAUAGUUGUCCCUCGUCUCAUGAAAGUGUCCAUAUUAGAAGAGAAAGUGAGAGUCAAAAUAGGGAAAGUUGUGACAUGUCCCUCGGUGCAAUGAGCACCAGAAACAGCACCUUGAAUAUCCCCUUCUCGAGUCCUUCUUCGUCGGGAGAUAUUCAAGGCCGGAACACAAGUCCCAACGUUUCUGUACAGAAGUCCAAUCCCAUGAGAAUUACUGACAGUCAUGGGACGAAGGGCCACAUGAACCCUCCAGCCACCACCAACAUGCACGGCAUCGCAAGGCCAGCUCUGCCUCACCCUUCUGUGUCGCACGGAAAUGCUGAUCCAGGGCCUCCCGUACGCCAGACCAAUUCUUCAGUUCCCCAGCGAUCCAGGCACCCCUUGCAAGACAGCGGUGGCUCCAAAAUUCGCCAACCUGAAAGGAGUCGUUCUGGAAACCAAAGACAUGCUAAUGUCUUUGAUCCCAGUCUUCCUCAUCUUCCUCUGGCUGCUAGUGGCAGUAUGAUUCUCGGACGUCAGCAGCCCAGCACCGAGAAGAGAGGGAGUAUUGUUCGCUUCAUGCCGGAUAGCCCACAAGUACCGAAUGAGAAUUCAGCACCUGACCAGCAUACCCUGUCACAAAAUUUUGGUUUUCCUUUUAUUCCCGAGGGUGGCAUGAAUCCACCCAUAAAUGCAAAUACUUCUUUCAUUCCACAGGUUACUCAGCCCAGUGCCACUCGAACUCCGGCCCUCAUCCCUGUAGAUCCCCAAAACUCUCUACCCUCUUUCUAUCCUCCCUACUCCCCUGCUCACCCUACGCUGUCCAAUGAUAUUUCAAUCCCUUAUUUUUCCAAUCAAAUGUUCUCAAAUCCUAGCACGGAGAAGGUGAACAGUGGGAGUUUAAAUAACCGGUUUGGGUCCAUUUUAUCUCCUCCCAGACCUGUUGGUUUUGCUCAGCCAAGCUUUCCUCUUCUCCCCGAUAUGCCCCCAAUGCACAUGACCAACUCUCACUUAUCUAAUUUUAAUAUGACAUCUUUGUUUCCGGAAAUAGCUACCGCUCUUCCUGAUGGCUCAGCAAUGUCACCUCUGCUUACAAUAGCAAACUCCUCUGCUUCUGAUUCUUCUAAGCAGUCCUCGAACAGACCUGCCCACAACAUAAGCCAUAUCUUAGGUCAUGAUUGCAGUUCAGCUGUUUAAAUACCCAGAGACUAAAUGUAAAUCCGGCGGGUGGGAUGACUAAUGCAUUUGUGUGCAUUUGCACAUAUAUGUGUAUGUAGUGAGAUUGGAUGUGUAUGUCUGUUGUCUGUAUAAUCAAUUUUCAGUUAUUUUCUGAAUGUCGGGAAACCCUGUCGAAGAUGAUGGGACGGGUUGUCCGAAAGAAAUUACCCUUCAUUUGUUACUGUAUGUGUGCUUAAAUUUUUUUUUUUUAUUUUCAACUUUGACUUUGUAAUGUUAUAUUUCCUAAAUUUUAAUCAGCUGGAACUUGGGGGAGAGCAUCCUGGUGCAUACUGGUUAGUAGGAAAGAAGCUAUAUUUUAAACCUGAUUGUUAAUAAUUUGUGAAAUAGAUCGUUGAGUUGCUAUCCAAAAGUACAGUUUGAUGGAACACACAGUGACUCGUAACCAAGUGAUGGCUAAUGUCAACAUGGAGACCAUUUAUUUUAAACCUAUGGGAAGUAUUAAGUUAAUGUUGAGUUGAAUACCCCUGGAUAAACUCGCGCAGUCAGCAGAUAAAUGAGUAGUUUAAUCAGCCUUGACUUCAGAAGUUUGGUUUAGGUGGAGACUUUCCUUUUAAAUAUAAUAAUUCAUAAAUUAUCUGAAUUUUAUGUUUUGAAAUUAGCAAGCCAGGUUGCCUUUCAGUGUGCCAAGAUCCUUUAAGGCAAAGAUCUUCCCUAAAGAAUUGGCCUUAAAAACAGAAAGCGGAACAGUGAAAUACUUAGUUCUCCAUUUUGCCCCUUUAUUUCGCAUCACUCCAUCAGGAUAAAGUCAAUUAUAUUGUGGAGUUUUAUGCAUGUGUUCAGUUAAAAAUAGUUUGAUUAAUUGAAUUUUGUUUUAAUAUUCUCUUUUCAUUCUAUAGAUUUGAUCUUGAAAUAAAUUCCCUUAUACUUGUAUAAUCAUCAAAACUGAUUAGCAAUUAAUGUGUUUGGAAUCCACUAUAUUUGAGCCUUUUAAAAUAUUUCUGAGUAGAGUCUUAAGCUCUGCCAUUGUUUUCAUUUCAUUAACUGAGUAAAUUUUAUUGCAUUGCAUUUCAUUAACUGAUUUAUAUGUUUAAUGGCUUUUUGUACCACGUUAUCAUCUUAAAUUGUAGAAUUAUAAUGAAAUGAUGAAUUUGCUCAUGAUUAUGGUAUGAAAUGGUGCUGCAAAAAUUGUCUUUAUAUCUAUCUGUGUAAGUAUAUGUGUAUACAGACAUAGAUUUUCACGUGCAAGCGAGGCCUGCCAUCUGAAGUGGGAAAUUGAUACCUGAGAUCUGCUAAAUUUUCGAAAAACUUGAAGUAGGGUUUUUAAAGUUCCACUGAAGUUAAUCACAAGUUUCAAAAUAUUUAUAUACCUAUAUAUAGAUAUAGAUAAACACACUCAAGUACUGAGUUUUAGAAAUGAAGCAGAAAAAAACAGGAAAGUGAUUAUGUAUUAUUUUUUGUUGUUACGUUCUGUCCAAAAUAGCACUUAGUGGGAGAGAUACACAUAAAUUGUUCGGUCUGCUCUGUUAAGGAAGUGAACCCAAGGGCCAACAUUUUAUUUAUUAAGGCCUCCUUAAAAGAGCCUCCUAAUAAGGCUUGUUCAGAGCAGUUACUCCAACAAAUACCUCUUCUAAAGACCCAGAAAAAGGGUCUUAUGUGCCUCUUCAACUUUUCUUACCAAACUUUACUCUUAUUCCUUCCUGCCACUGACUGAAGCAGCCUCUUAGGGACAAAGAAUAUUGUAAACCAAAAAAUCUUCUGUAUUUUCUUCCUUCAGAAUGGUCAUGGGAGUAGUCACUUCAUCCAGACAAUAGAUAGACAUGUUAAGUAAAACCUUGAAUUGGGAAAAGUGAUGUUUCUGACUUUGAUUUUUUGUUUUGCGGGGAAUUGUAUGUGGUGUUGGGGGUCAGCCGGGUACAAGGCAGAUGCCUCCGGCUGUGCUGUACUAUCGCUCCCACUCACUUUUUUUUCUUAAUUUAUAAUUUUUUAUUUAAUUAAGGAACUGUGAUUUACAAAGUUAUAAGAGAUUUUUUUUUUGCUUGUUUUUUGGGGCCACAUCUGGUGGUGUUUAGGGCUGACUGCUGGAUCUGCACUCAGGGAUCACUCCAGGUGGUGCCUGGGGGACCAUAUGGGAUGCUGGGGAAUGAACCCAGGUCAACCAAGGCAAGGCAAACGCCCUAACUGCUUUACUAUCACUCUGGCCCCUCUGCCAGGUUUUUAAUAUCUGAAUUCUAAGUUUUAAAAUUCCUGUUUUUCUUUGUACUUGAAAAUUUCAGCUCACUGAUUUCGAGGAUGUUUUUUAAUAUGGUUAGUUAUUCAGUCUGUCUUUUUCUCUUGUCUGUCUCUUGGUCCCUUCUCCUCUACCUGUCACGUGAAUGCACAAGUACACGAACACACACAGUGUCUUCUAUUGAGCUCCAAAGAAUUGUGGACUAUAGAUUUAAUUGGAACAGAGUGACAGGCUAAGGAGAAGCAGCUCAAUUUGAAGACUUGAGGGAAGGCCUCAAACCCUAGUACUGUAUUUUUCUAUUGUAUUGAUUGCAUUUUUAUUUUUUCUGCUCAGCUUUGUUCAGAGAUUGCAUCUGUAUUUCUUGCAACUUUGAUUCUAGGAAUAUUACACUUUGAUCCCAGAUCUCUACAGCACAAGAGAGGCGUAAGAAGCUAAUUUGACUGUCUAGGGAAAAAAAGUGAUGGUCUGCAAAUAACCAAGCUGUCACUCACAUAGAGUUUUAAUUAUUUUAUGGAUUAUGAAUUAUAAAUCAUUUUAUGUUUGCACUCGAUUCUGAAAGCAUUCAGAAAUGUGAAUCUGAUUUAAAAACACCAACAUAUUAAUAUUUAGCAGUAUAUUAACUUUUUGAUAAUUAAAGCUACAUGGUUGAAGGAAUUUAUGUUUAAUAUCUAUCAAUAUGAAUGCAAUUUUGGCAGAGAAAUCAGAAAGUCGGCUUUGGUUAUGAUGACUUUAAUGUUAUUCUGGCUUGCUAAUAUAUGACUAUAGAAAGAAAAACAAUUUCCAAAAAUAGGUUAUACUUUCUGGAUUUGCAUAUACUCAUGAGCCCCUGCUCUCUCUAUUUCAGUGUUGGUUUCCGUCUUCCCCUCCACUGCUAAGGUUCAAACCUAAGUCCUCCAAUUCUCAGUCAUCGGCCUAUAUAUUCCCACUCACCUCUCAACGUUUGACUAUAUAGGAUCAGUUUCAGAGACGAAGUAAUUCCUCUAAAACCAGUAAUUUCUAAUGAAAUGGAAAAUGUAUUCCUGUGUCUGUGGUUUGGGGCUGUUCCUAGCACAGCUCAGGAGACCCAGGGGUGCUGGGGACUGAACCCGGGCCCCCUGUGUGCAAAGCAAUGCAUCAGCCCAUUCAGCUCUCUCUCUGCUCCAUCGAAUAUAAUUUUUUCAAGUGUCAGUCAUGGAUAAAAGAAAUAAAGUUUGCUGGUAUUUAUUUCUUUAUUCUUACUGUGUUGACCUGUGCAGGUUGUUUGGGAUAUUUUGUGCCACUUCAGGAAAUGUAUUUUUGUUUUGAAUGUAAGCCCUUUUGGUGAUGGCACUGUCUUUCCAAGGAGAAUUUCACAGUGAUCAUGCUUUAUAAAAGUUAAUUAAUCGGAAAUGUGGAAAGAGACAAAGGGGGAAAAAAACUAAAGCAACUUUUAUUCACAGGGUGAAUUGCAGCGAGUUCUCCAAUGACCCUUCUUAAAAUAAAAAAUUUAUUUCAGAAUUUUAGAGACAAUUCAUUUGCCUUGUUCUUGCCUUCUAGCAUUAGCCAUUUUGUGGGAGACGCUAUAGUUCAUGCUCUCAAAAAACGUGAAAUGCGUUUCAACGAGUAAAGUUUUACUAGUUUGAGAAAGGGUAAAGACCUAUGAAUAUGCAUGUUCUUAGCAUUGUCAUUCUUUGAUACCUCAGCUCUUAUUUUUAUCCAUCUCUCUGAACAGGUAGCAGGGAAGCUGGUCAUCUUUUGCCAGUGUGACUACUCCUUUGCCUUGAAAUGUUUAUGGACCCACCGUAGUGGGUUACGCUCCCAAAUCACUAUGUCCUGAUUGCUGACCUUGGGAACUAUUGUAUCUCCCAUGCUAUUAAGGGGUAACCAGAAGUCCUUGAAAUAAAGUUAGUUCCAAAUUGAUGUAAAAUAUUUAACGUGCCAUAUAGCUCUUUUUUUGUUUGUUUGGCAGAGGGAUGCCUCCCGGUGGUCCUGGGCCACGAGGCUGCAUCUUUGGUACUUAGGAGGCCCACAUAGUGCCCGGGGUGAGCCCAGGACUGUGCAUGCCAACUUGAGCUGCAGCCCUUUGUGCUAUCUAGAGAGAUGAGUUUGCUCCAGUCUUCUUUUUUUUUUUUUCUCUCCUUUCAAACAUGGAGAUUAAACAUGCGAGGCAUGUACUGAGCUGCAGCCACUGAGCUACAGCCUUGUCCCCUGUUCCUUAUUUUGAUGAAUUUGUAUUUUUCCCAUGAAGGAUCGAAGAAAGGGUAAAAGUCAUUCAUAGUACGAUGACUUUUGAUUGAAAUCCUUGGGAACCUGGAAGUUAUUGUAGUCUUGUAGUCUGUAUAAGUAAGUCUGUCCUUUUUCUGAGAUUUUCUGGAAGUCAUGUCUUAUGGCUUAUGUCCCUUAUGGGCAUGUACACCCAGAGGGCAAGAUGAAUUAGUGUGAGUUUAAUUUGUGAGUGAUGGUUCUGUGAUACCUCUAUGCAAAUCAAAGGCAAGAAAUUAGUUUCUUCUAAAGAUUCCUUUUUGGCUGACGACUGCCAUUUCUCCUCCCAGAGUACAAUAGAAAAACGUCUUGCUUUGGAUUUUAUCUUAACCAGAUCUCUCUGCAUUCUACACUUUCCAUGUGAGUCUCUGAGUCUUUGUUUGUCCUAGAGCCUGUAGUUUAGCUAUCAGGUUUAGAUUGAGACAUUCAGAUGCACCAGUAAGAACUAUGGAAAACCUUCUUGGACACAGAACUUCAAUUCUGCCCACAUGCCUCGACCCUGGUACUGCACUUUACCCAAAACUGUGCCUCUGGUCCUACGACCAGCCAUUGGGACAUAAUCACUCACCUUCUCCUCUAUGAUAGCAAAAGACCAGCCAGGAUGGUACAUGCUAUGAAAUCAGACACCUGGAAGACAAGAACAGCUGAUGUUUCUCACUAUUGCCUUACCAUUCUCUGAGCCAUCUUUGAUGCCGAUCUUGUAUAAAAAAAAAAAAGCAAAAAAAAAACUUACUAGUUAGAAGCAAAACUCCUUUUAAUCACAGAGUUCAUAUGUGGUGGUCAUUAAAUGUCUUUAUUUCGAGAUUUGCACAAAUUCUAUUAACUAUAAUCUUUUUCUGUUACAGAACAAAAAUGUUCAGAUGCUUUGCAGACAUGAGCCAACUUGGGUUGAAAAUAUUGAACAUAAUAUCCAAGUGGAUGUUAUUUUUACAUAGCUGCAUAAUCUGCCAUUAGAGAUUUUACAAGACAGAAGAUAGCUCUCAUUUGUAAAUUAUCACUUUUUUAAAAAAAAAUGAUCAUUACUUUUUGGGGUUUCCAUUGUCUAGCUAUACUAUGUCAUAGGAACUUGACAUUUCCUCCAUCUGAAUCAUCGCAUAGCUUUUCUCAAUCUGUUUCUCUACCCCCCUGAGUCUUAAAUCCAUUUUUCAUCUGUGAGGCCACUGAGGCACUAAACUUGACUAUAUCAGUAACUUGUAAGGGGAGUUGAACGAUUGUUCUUUCAAGAAGGGGCCAGACAGUGUUUCUUAAAAUGCUGCAGUUAUUACUGUGAAGAAAAGACUUGCUUCCUUUUCCAACAGGCCAUAUAUAUGUAUGUAUAUAUACAUAUAGGUAAAGAGAUAUAUGUUCAUUUAGGUAAAAAUAGGUGGAAAAAACAGAACAUAAUUACCUUCACAACUUAUAGAUUCACUGGGUGAAAAGCUUACUGUAAGGCGGUUACCAGAUUGAAAAACAACUGUAGUGCUUUCCUAGUGUAAUAUUUGUAUCUAUAUUCAUGCCAGCAGGAUCAGCUGCGCACUGUCCUAUUACUGUAAAUCAUCUGGCUUAUCAUGCUAAUGGGAACUAAUUUGUUUUGUAAUGGAAUCCAGAGCAGAUAUGUAUAAAUAAGAUCAGGAUUGUCCUACAAUUGUAAAUAAGAAUAGGUCCUGUUUAUUUUGACAUCUUUUUACAAAUGCAUUGUAUUAGGGUGUGAAUAUUCUGAACCAUGCUCUUGUUUAAAGUUUUGAAAUUUUUAUUGGUAAAUGUAACAUUUUAAUGGUUGUAAUAAUUAUUUGUAUAGAUAUGAAUAUAGUAUUUUAUUUAAGAAAAUAAACUUUGCACUUUUGCAUUGUGAA